GCUUCUGCUGUCCCGUGCGAGCGCGUCUUCUCAUCGAGCAAGGAGAUGGAUACUCUCCGAAGGAUUAAUUUGUCCCCUGAAGUGAUGGAGGGGCUUCAAAUUCUGAAGCAUUUGUAUCUGCGGCAGCGCGGUGAGAGGUGGGGCAGGCUGGCUUCCGAGGGUGAUCUGGCACCGGCAGUCUCAGUAGAACAAAAAUUGAUAGAAUGGUUGCAGAAGGCCAUGUGA